CAUAAUAGUUUGUUCCUGUGUGUUGCUGGUUUGCACGUUUGUGAUGGUUGCAUGUGGUUUUGACUCAGCAACUUCAAGACGCUCUUGAAGGCGAUAACUGUUGUUGAAUAUUAGCCACACUUCACUGAAAGGACCGCGACUCCAUACGGACAAACAUGCCGGAGAUCAAGGCAGUCCCACUGGGGGCAGGGCAAGAUGUUGGGAGAAGUUGCAUUCUGGUUAGCAUUGGUGGCAAGAACAUCAUGUUGGACUGUGGCAUGCACAUGGGGUACAAUGAUGAGGUUGAUGAUGAGUUAGAGAUCAAGGCUUACUAUGCAGGCCAUGUGCUGGGAGCAGCCAUGUUUCUCAUCAAAGUGGGAUCCGAGUCAGUGGUGUACACGGGGGACUAUAAUAUGACACCUGACAGACAUCUGGGGGCUGCAUGGAUUGACAAGUGCAGACCAGAUCUCCUGAUCACAGAGUCCACAUACGCCACCACUAUCAGGGACUCGAAAAGGUGCAGAGAAAGGGACUUUCUGAAGAAAGUGCAUGAAACAAUAGAGAAAGGAGGAAAGGUUCUUAUUCCAGUAUUUGCACUUGGAAGAGCUCAGGAGUUGUGCAUUCUUCUAGAAACCUUCUGGGAGAGAAUGAACAUCAAGGCUCCUAUCUACUUUUCAACUGGCCUAACGGAGAAAGCUAACAACUAUUACAGACUGUUCAUCACAUGGACCAAUCAGAAGAUCCGAAAGACCUUUGUGAAGAGGAACAUGUUUGAGUUCAAACACAUCAAGGCUUUCGAUAGGUCCUACAUUGACAACCCUGGCCCCAUGGUUGUGUUUGCCACUCCUGGCAUGCUCCAUGCAGGUCUGUCACUACAGAUCUUUAAGAAGUGGGCUCCUGACAGCAAGAACAUGGUUAUUAUGCCUGGCUACUGUGUGGCAGGAACAGUCGGACACAAGAUCCUAAAUGGGAUCAGGAAGAUCGAGUUUGAGAACAAGAAAGUGUUGGAAGUCAGGAUGACUGUUGAAUACAUGUCUUUCAGUGCCCAUGCUGAUGCCCAGGGCAUCAUGCAGCUGAUCCGGUACUGUGAACCCAGGAACGUCAUGCUGGUUCAUGGGGAGGAACAGAAAAUGGACUUCCUCAGCAAGAAGAUCACACAGGAGUUCGGUGUUCAGUGUUUCUUCCCAGCCAAUGGGGAGACGGUAACCAUAGAAACCAACCCCAACAUCCCUGUGGAUGCCUCACUGAACCUGCUGAAGAGGGAAGCAUCUCUAACAGGACUCCCUGAUCCUAAAAGACCCAGAGUUCUACAUGGUGCCCUUAUUAUGAAAGAGAAUAGCCUGCGGCUGGUGUCUCCGAGCCAGGCUAUGAGAGAGCUGGGACUGAAGGAGCAUGAGAUCAGGUUCACCUCCACAGUCACCAUCCACGACCCCCAGCCCACACAGGCAACGGUGGAGAGGCUCUACACACACCUGAAGGGCACACUGAAGGACCACUCAAUCCAACACAUGCCUGAUGGCUCCAUCAUGAUCGACUCUGUGCUCAUCAAGGUGUCAGGGUCUUCAGAAGAGGAAGAGACCAAGGAUUUCUUGGUGUCGUGGCCGUAUGAGGAUGAGGACUUGGGAAGUCACCUGAUGACAGUUUUGAGGAAAGGUCUACCCAGAACUGUGGAGACCUGAGGGCUGGGAUGCUUCACACCAUGAUUCCAAGAUUCCAUAAUUCUAAGAAAUACUUGUAAAGGAGGGCCUGAUGGAUAAGGGGUCCUGGGUUAAUCCCAAAACUAAUUGGGUUGAAUGAUUUGGUUUAAAGGAAUUAUAGGAGGCCUAGAAAAUUCUGUCAUCCAGAACAAAAUACAAUGUACAUGAAGACUGGGCCAAAUGAUAUUUUUAUUCAUCGUAAGAGGACUUUGAUUAUGGAAAGGGUUAGACAAUUGUUUUUAAGUUGUAAUCAAAAUUUACAAAAAUCACAACAACAACAGCAUUAAGUAUAAUUGAAUCCUAACCACUGUUCAUGUUACACUAAACCAUAAUAUACAUGAUGUGUAAAUAAAUUGCUGAAACCCGUUUUGUUUAGUGAAAUGUCAGCUGUGCUGUAAAGAACACCGUUGUACCAUUGUGUACAGGACACCGUGAAGGACGCCAUGACCUCACACAUCGCAUGGCGUGACUCAUCCUGUGUGCUGUGGGCGAGCAAUGGAAAACAUGGGCCAAUCAUUAACCCACUGUAAAAGCUGUUGGCAAAUAAACGGUGACUGUCGUACCCAGGACUGCUUAUCAAUGUCUAAUCAAUAACCCAUUGAAACGUCCAGGUGGAAACUGUCCACGUCAUUGAACAAGCAGCCAUUUGUGAAAUGGGGGUGGGGGGUGACUAGAGCAUCCAUCAUCUUUAAUAGCAGUUAGACUCUUGCAGAUUCUUGGUAAUGAAGAUGAAGUAUCUAUUAAAUCAAAUUAAAUUGAUAUGGAUGGACAAAGGGCCCUUUCAGUUUGGCCCUUUUCUUUAACCAUGUGAUUAGUGUAGAACUCCUUUAUGUCAUUCAGAUUUAUCAAACUGAAAUUUGAUGUAUGUAUGACAAAGUUAAAUUGAUCAUUUGCAUUGUGUAAAUCAUCUUUAUUUCCCAUGGAUCCUGUACAAAUUCUAAACAGAGAAUAUUGUAUUUUAAAAUAUAAGUCAUAAGCAAGGCUAAAAUGUCUGCCAAACUUCUGAUACGAGGUUGAGUCAAAUUUCAUAUUUACCAAUCAGAGUACAAUUUGAUUUCAAACAUGUGACAAUCAAAUUUAACUGAAAACGCGGGUCAGGCGUGGUCAUCGAUAACGUGCGGUCACCUAAAGGGCAGACUGGUUGAGUUAAUAUUGAACCAGGGUGCGAGCUGUGCAGAUUAGGGUAGAGCUCUGUACCAUUAUGAAAUAGUCUAGUUAUCAGCUGUACAUGUUGGCUGUAUUUUUUCUCUAGCCAGUGGACAAUGAGGCUGUACAGUAAUAGGAAUGUCCUAUAAGACGGAAGUAUGCAGGGCAAACACAAUGAUUUCAUUUGAGACCUGCAUCUUAUUGUAAGCUCUACACUGUACUAAUACUUGUGGUCCAGAAUUUUACCAUGGUGCAAAAGACGUCAUAUCCUGUUGGAUCUUGUAUUUUGAAGAUGACAUCAUCACAAAUUGUGUACACCAUCUUCAGCGGCACAAGGAUUAAAAAACAGUUUUUAGAAAAUA